AUGGCAUCCCCUGAUGCCCCUUGGGUGAAGCUAAACACUGACGGUGCCUUCUCUACCUCAACAAUGGAGGCGGGGGAGGGAGGAUUGGUUCGAGGCUCUGAUGGAGGACUUUUGCGUGCCUUCUAUGCUCCAAUAGCCGCAUCAUCGAGCUUUGAGGCGGAGCUGUUGGCUCUGAUUCGGGGGUUCGAGAUGGCUAUGGAGCUUUCGAUACACAUCUGGAUUGAGCUUGACUCAGCGGCUCUGGUUACCUUGUUGUCAUCUAGACAGCUUGGUGCUGCGGAUUUCAGAUAUCACAUGGCUUUGAUCCGGAGUAUGGCUUCUCAGCGACAUGUUCGGUUCUCACACAUCUACAGAGAAGGGAACCGAGCUGCUGACUUUCUUGCAGAUAAUUCAAGAUUGGUAGAUGGGACACCAAAGUAA